CAGUGAAAAUCAAAUUCAAGCAAUUCCAAGGAAGGCUUUCCGUGGAGCCGUAGAUAUUAAAAAUCUGCAACUGGAUUACAACCAGAUCAGCUGUAUUGAAGAUGGGGCAUUUAGGGCUCUACGUGACCUGGAAGUGCUCACUCUCAACAAUAACAACAUCACUCGACUUUCAGUGGCAAGUUUCAACCACAUGCCCAAACUCAGAACCUUUCGACUUCACUCCAAUAACCUCUACUGUGAUUGCCACCUGGCCUGGCUAUCUGAUUGGCUGCGGCAGCGACCCCGAGUUGGCCUGUACACACAGUGUAUGGGCCCAUCCCACCUGAGGGGACACAAUGUAGCAGAGGUUCAAAAACGAGAAUUUGUCUGUAGUGAUGAGGAAGAAGGUCAUCAGUCUUUUAUGGCUCCUUCCUGCAGCGUCUUGCAUUGUCCUACUGCAUGUACCUGUAGUAACAACAUUGUUGACUGUCGUGGGAAAGGCCUUACUGAGAUCCCAACCAAUCUUCCAGAAACUAUUACUGAAAUACGGUUGGAGCAAAAUUCAAUCAAGGUCAUCCCUCCUGGAGCUUUCUCACCAUAUAAAAAGCUUCGAAGAAUUGACCUGAGCAAUAACCAGAUCUCUGAGACUGCUCCAGAUGCUUUCCAAGGCCUGCGUUCUCUCAAUUCACUUGUCCUCUAUGGAAAUAAAAUUACAGAACUUCCUAAAGGCCUGUUUGAAGGACUCUUCUCUUUACAAUUGCUAUUAUUAAAUGCCAACAAGAUAAAUUGCCUACGAGUAGAUGCUUUCCAAGAUCUACACAACCUGAACCUUCUCUCUUUGUAUGAUAACAAGCUUCAAACCAUUGCUAAAGGCACCUUUUCACCCCUACGUGCAAUUCAGACUUUGCAUUUGGCUCAGAACCCAUUUAUUUGUGACUGCCAUCUGAAGUGGCUGGCGGAUUAUCUUCAUACAAACCCUAUUGAGACCAGUGGUGCCCGUUGCACCAGCCCCCGCCGUCUGGCAAACAAAAGGAUUGGCCAGAUCAAAAGCAAGAAAUUCCGCUGCUCAGGCACCGAAGAUUACAGAUCAAAACUAAGUGGAGACUGCUUUGCAGAUCUGGCUUGCCCUGAAAAAUGCCGCUGUGAAGGAACCACAGUGGAUUGCUCCAAUCAGAAGCUCAACAAAAUUCCUGACCACGUCCCCCAGUACACAGCAGAGUUGAGACUGAACAACAAUGAAUUCACAGUGUUAGAGGCAACUGGGAUCUUUAAGAAGCUUCCUCAGCUGCGUAAAAUAAAUCUGAGCAACAACAAGAUCACAGAUAUUGAAGAAGGAGCAUUUGAAGGAGCAUCUGGUGUGAAUGAACUGUUGCUCACCAGUAACCGUUUGGAGACUAUUCGACACAAGAUGUUUAAAGGACUAGAAAGUCUUAAAACAUUGAUGCUAAGGAGCAAUCGCAUAAGCUGCAUAGGCAAUGGUAGUUUCACAGGACUGAGUUCUGUCCGUUUGCUCUCCUUAUAUGACAACCAAAUUACUACAGUUGCUCCAGGUGCCUUUGAUACUCUCCAUUCACUCUCUACAUUAAACCUCCUGGCUAAUCCUUUCAACUGUAACUGUCACCUGGCUUGGCUGGGAGAUUGGCUGAGGAAGAAACGCAUUGUAACUGGAAACCCUCGCUGUCAGAAACCUUACUUCCUAAAAGAGAUUCCCAUCCAGGAUGUGGCAAUUCAAGAUUUUACUUGUGAUGAUGGAAAUGACGACAACAGUUGCUCUCCAUUGUCUCGCUGUCCCACAGAAUGUACUUGCCUAGAUACUGUGGUUCGCUGCAGCAAUAAAGGUCUUAAGGUUUUGCCCAAAGGCAUCCCAAAAGAUGUAACUGAACUUUAUUUGGAUGGAAACCAGUUUACCCUUGUUCCCAAAGAACUUUCUAACUACAAACAUUUAACACUUAUAGAUUUAAGUAACAACAGAAUCAGCACUCUUUCUAACCAGAGCUUCAGCAACAUGACUCAGCUGCUCACCUUAAUUCUUAGUUACAACCGUCUGAGGUGUAUCCCUGCACGGACAUUUGAUGGGUUGAAAUCACUUAGGUUACUGUCUUUACAUGGCAAUGAUAUUUCUGUUGUUCCUGAAGGAGCUUUUAAUGAUCUUUCAGCAUUAUCACAUCUUGCUAUUGGAGCAAAUCCUCUGUACUGUGAUUGUAACAUGCAAUGGUUGUCCGACUGGGUAAAGUCAGAAUACAAAGAACCUGGUAUUGCACGUUGUGCUGGUCCUGGAGAAAUGGCAGAUAAACUACUUCUCACAACUCCAUCUAAAAAAUUUACUUGCCAAGGGCCUGUGGAUGUUAAUGUACUUGCCAAAUGUAGUCCCUGCUUAUCAAAUCCAUGUAAAAAUGAUGGCACUUGUAACAACGAUCCUGUUGACUUCUACAGAUGUACCUGCCCAUAUGGUUUCAAGGGCCAGGACUGUGAUAUUCCAAUUCAUGCCUGCAUCAGUAACCCUUGCCAACAUGGUGGAACUUGCCAUUUAAAAGAAGGAGAAAAGGAUGGAUUUUGGUGCACUUGUGCAGAUGGAUUUGAAGGCGAAAACUGUGAAGUGAAUGUUGAUGACUGCGAAGAUAAUGAUUGUGAAAAUAAUUCUACCUGUGUAGAUGGAAUUAACAACUACACUUGCCUUUGCCCACCUGAAUAUACUGCUGCUAAUCUGAAUGAAGUGGAAAAAGGUGAGUUGUGUGAGGAGAAACUAGAUUUCUGUGCCCAAGACUUGAACCCUUGUCAACAUGACUCAAAGUGCAUCCUGACACCCAAAGGAUACAAAUGUGAUUGCACACCUGGAUAUGUAGGAGAACACUGUAAUAUUGACUAUGAUGACUGUCAGGACAACAAGUGUAAAAACGGAGCACAGUGUACUGAUGCAGUGAAUGGGUAUACAUGUAUAUGCCCAGAAGGUUACAGUGGCCUUUUUUGUGAGUUUUCACCACCAAUGGUUCUCCCUCGCACCAGCCCUUGUGAUAACUAUGAGUGUCAGAAUGGAGCUCAGUGCAUCAUAAAAGUAAAUGAACCAAUAUGUCAGUGUUUGUCAGGUUACCAGGGUGACAAAUGCGAAAAGCUGGUCAGCAUAAACUUUGUGAACAAAGAAUCCUACUUGCAAAUUCCUUCAAGCAAGGUCCACCCUCAGACCAACAUCACUCUGCAGAUUGCCACAGAUGAGGACAGUGGAAUCCUGCUGUACAAAGGUGACAGAGAUCAUAUAGCAGUGGAGCUGUAUCGUGGUCGAGUGAGGGUCAGUUAUGACACAGGAUCUUAUCCAGCAUCUGCCAUUUACAGCGUUGAGACAAUAAAUGAUGGGAAUUUCCACAUAGUGGAGCUGCUAGCAAUGGAUCAGAUUCUGUCUUUGUCUGUUGAUGGAGGAAGCCCCAAGAUCAUUACCAACUUGUCUAAGCAAUCAACUCUGAAUGUUGACUCCCCACUUUAUGUAGGAGGCAUGCCUGUGAAAAACAAUGUUGCAGCACUACGCCAGUCCCCAGGCCAGAAUGGCACCAGCUUCCAUGGCUGCAUCCGUAAUCUGUACAUCAACAGUGAACUGCAGGACUUUAGAAAUGUGCCACUGCAAGUGGGAAUUCUUCCUGGUUGUGAGCCCUGUCACAAGAAAGUGUGUGUGCAUGGAACCUGCCAUGCUACGAGCCAGUCAGGCUUUACCUGCGAAUGUGAAGGAGGAUGGACUGGACUGCUGUGUGAUCAGCAAACCAAUGAUCCUUGUCUUGGAAAUAAAUGUGUACAUGGUACCUGUUUGCCAAUCAAUGCAUUUUCAUACAGUUGUAAAUGCCUGCAGGGACAUGGGGGAGUCCUCUGUGAUGAAGAGGAAGAGUUGUUUAACCCCUGCCAGUCCAUCAGGUGUAAACAUGGAAAAUGCAGGCUUUCCGGCCUUGGGAAACCAUAUUGCGAAUGCAGCAGCGGAUACACUGGGGACAGCUGUGAUAAAGAAAUCUCUUGUCGAGGGGAACGAAUCAGAGAUUACUACCAAAAGCAGCAAGGGUAUGCCGCAUGCCAGACGACCAAGAAGGUAUCAAGACUAGAAUGUAAAGGAGGAUGUUCAAGUGGGCAGUGCUGCGGACCACUAAGGAGCAAGAGACGGAAAUAUUCUUUUGAAUGCACUGAUGGGUCCUCAUUUGUGGAUGAGGUUGAGAAGGUGGUGAAGUGUGGCUGUACAAAGUGCCCCUCCUAAAUGUGUCCCUGUCACACUUGUCUUUUGAAAAUGUUGUAUACUUAUUGACCAUGUCGGACUAAUUAAUGCUUCAUAGUGAAAAUAUUUGAAAUAUAUUGUAAAAUACAGAACAGACUUAUUUUUAUUAAGAGAAUAAAGACUUUUUCUUCAUUUGCAAAAAGAUUCAACUGAGACUUGAACUGAGACUUUUCGUAACCGAGAGGAGCUUUGAAGAAAAAAAAAGACCCUUCAACAUUGCAACAGUGAUGGGAAACGUAACUGCUUUUAACAUGGAUUCUUCUUUAUAACAUGCUGAAGAUAAACUGAUAUUAUACACAUAUGACUUUCAACCUACAGUUCAUUGAUGAAAAAUUGACCAGAACAUGAGGCUUGUUUUUUCACUUUCAUAUCAGUAUAUUUUACUAUGUUGACAGACCAUGCCAAUUACUUACUUAUAGAUGAGGAAGAGUUAUACUUGAGGAAGAGUUGUGGAUGAAGGGAAUCAGAUUAUAUUGGUUUAACAAAUGUAUGUGAUGCAUUUUGUGUGGCAUAAUUAUUAAGCGUCUGCAGAAGAGGGGGUGCCCAUUUAGUGGAUGGGAGAGGUUAAAAUGUGAGAAUCAUGAAAUCUCCUGACGAUGUGUACUUUUAUAUCAGCAUGUUAGUAAAAGAAGCAUACAAAAAGUGUUUAUCUACCCUUUUCCAGUAUUAAUUUUUUUGUAAUAUAAAUGUUAAGGGGAUGAUAAAAAUAGAUUAUUGAUGGAUAAAUUAGUAAUAAUAUGGAUUGUUGUUUCUCUGAGUUCUAAACAGCUCUAUACAGUAUUCGGUUUUAUUGAGAAAUAUUUAUUGUAUCAAAGUACAUUGUACUUAACCUUUUUAGGCAUCCCUUUUACUGUUUUUCAAUGCUUUAAUAUAUAUUAAUUUAUAUUUGUCCUGAUAUUUUUGUAUUUUGUUUAAAAAAAAAAAGAAAGACUUAAAAAUCAGGAUUUUUUGCAAUAGAACUAACAUAGCAUGUCAUCUUGGGGUAAAUGUGUUUGGUCUGUUUUUUUGUUUUUGUUUUUUGUUUUUGUUUUGUUUUGUUGUUUUUCGUUAGUAUCUCACCACUUGGUGUCUGAAACAGAAAGUGAUAAUAGUCUGCAGUUUUCACAUACAGCAGACAUUCAGGACACCUCCUGAGAACUUGUAACGUAUGAGAGAAAAUGUCUUUACACUAGAUGGCAAAUGUAUAGAAGUAAAUUUUCCCUAUAUAUACUUACAGAAAAUAAAAUGGUGUGUAGAAAAUGACACUAGAAAGUAGACCUUUACAAAUUAAUAUUCCCUUGGACCUCUUUACCUUUUAAAAAAAAAAGAAAGAAAAAAGGCUGUACUGUCAAGGACUGUGACUUUUUCCAAAUAAUAAAACUACUUUAUUGCCCUAAUGUUCCCCAUGUUAAUAUGUUGCUGCUAAAUUACAAUGUAGAACUGGUAAUGAUUCAUAGUGGGUUGUAUUCUUCUUCAGUAAAUCCCAGGAUACCCUGUAAAAAAUGCAGAUGUUUUUUCAAUUUUAUUUUAUUUUAUUUUUUUUUUACGGAAAAAGUUAGAUGUACAUGUGUAAUGCAGUGUGCUUUGUCUUAUUUGGACUGAUAUCAGUAAUACUACUGAUGUUUGUAAAUUAAACAGAUAUUUACUUCAUUAA